AUGGCAAAGCCAAUAAACAAAAGCUCAAUUGAAGAUAUUUGCAAGCAGAUUCAUGGUUCUUGGGGAAACUUUAGCAUCCUGGUUCGGGUAUUCGCAGAUCAAAUGACGCAACAACAUGGAUUCGAAAAGAUCCAAGAAAAGUACAAAGAGAUGUAUGGAAAAGACUUAUUUGAUCGUUUACAAGACACGAUUGGUGGCCAGGGAUCAAAGACGUGCACACUCUUGUCAAAGUUGAUGCUUAAUCCACACGAGCGUGACGCUAUCAUGGCUAAAAAUGCCAUUUUUAAGGAUAGGGGUUGUAUCAACUACAAAGCUCUCAUAGAGAUUUAUGUUGGUAGGAAAGCAAGCCAUUUUUUCCUCAUCCAACACGCUUAUCAAAGUAAAUUUAGAAGACAUUUAGACCAAGACAUCAUGAGCAUUGAACCCCCACACUCUUACCAAAAGAUUUUAAUGGCAUUGGCUGCAUCACAAAAAGCUCAUAGUGUAGAUGUUAGUGUACACAUUGGCAAGUGUGAUGCACAAAGACUAUUCCAAACUGGAGAAGCAACAUCAGGGGGGUUCAAGAUUAAUGAGGGAGUUGUGCUUGAAAUCUUUAGCAAAAGAAGCAUCCCACAACUCAAGCUCACUUUCUCAAUCUAUAAACAUAUUUAUGGCCAUAGCUAUACAAAGCACUUGAAAAAUAAAUAUGAUGGGGAGUUUGAAGAUGCAUUGAAAUUUGUGGUGAAAUUCCUAACCAAUCCACCAAAAUAUUAUGCAAAGGCUAUAGAAGCCAGUCUCAAAGGCAGAACAAUUGAUGAGGGCAGAUUGGAACGUAUAAUCGUGAGUCAGACUGAGAUCGGUAUGAAUAAACUGAGAAAAAACUACAAGAACAUAUUUGGGAAGGAUCUUAGAGAUGACAUAGUGGAGAGCCUUCCAGUUGGGGAUUUCAGAGACUUGCUCGUUGCGUUGACCAUGAAAACUAGUAGCGCGCAAUGAAGGAAUUCCAGUUCAACUUGCUCAAUCUAUAUAUAUAUAUAUAUAUAAGUAUUGAUUGAUCCAUAAUGGUGUAAUUUUGUUAGAAGGGACACUUUGUUAUAGUUGAGAUGGAAAUAUGGUUGAAUUAUAUUAGACCUUCAUGUGAUUAUGUUGUGAACUCAUUUUUAUUUUACAAGUAAUAUGUUAUAUACUGUAACUUUCAUGGUCCA